ACAUGGCUGCCAUCAGAGAAGUUGAAUCCAGCUUUGUUUUGUCGUCGGGAUUUUCGUUUCCUCUUUUACUUCAAGGAGGUCAAGCGUGUUCUGUAGCAUGAGGGAGGUCAUCAAGAAUGAUAAAAGCACCACCUCAACGAGAUACCAAUGCGAGAAAACGCGAAAAAGACACCAAACCAUCUGUGUCCCGUUUAUACAGAGCUUCUGUACAGCUAGCCCAGAGACUUGACAUACUUUGCAAGUCAACAUCUGAUUGGAAAGAGCUCUUUCAAGCUGAAACUCUGGGAAUCAGACAAAGAUUAAAAUCAAACUGUGAAAGCUUAUUAUUCACAAACCCAAAAGAGUAUGGGAGGAAAGCUGAGGAAUUGUUGUGGAGAAAGGUGUUUUAUGAUGUUAUCCAAUGGUUGAGGCAACAAAGAAAGAUUUCUGAUGGUGAUCUUGAACUGGAAAGUGCAUGUCGUUCACAUUUACUGUCAGCCUCGGGAUAUUAUUACCAUUUACUGCUCAAAUUGCAGCAGCAUUAUGCCAUCAAAUUAGACAGUGUAGUGUCUUGGUCUUCAACAGAUUUUAAAGAUCAGUCAAGCAAGUAUGAUAUUGAAAUCAGAGAAUGGGCAAGUAAGGCCUGUCAGCGAUGUCUACUUAGUCUUGGCGACUUAGCACGAUAUCAACAAGAGUUUGAAGGUACAACCAAGAACAUAAAAYUGGCAGAGAGGUUUUACUUGGAAGCAUUUCAUCUUAAUCCUGAUUUAGGUAUGCCACACAAUCAGCUUGGUACRCUACUGGGAGGCUUGUAUUGUGGAUGUGAAGGAGUGUAUCAUUAYAUGAGAUGCAUGAUGUGCAAAGAAGUGUUUGACGGUACUGAGGGUAAUUUGUUAAGAUUGUUUGAAAAGAACAGAACUACUGUCAUGAGUAUGAAAGAAUUGCCAUUGAAUGCAUCAAUGGCUGACAAAGUGAAGAGGUUCCUUGUAUAUUUUGUUUAUCUCCAGGACGUACUUUACACGAGAGAAAGUACCCACAAAAUUGCAGGUGAAGAGAUUGGACAACUUUGCCAAUCUGUGUUACAAGACAUGGAAGCUGCUCUCUCUAUUGACAAGUCAACUUCGAAUGAAAAUGGAGACUAUCAACAGAUGCUUGUCAAUGGGGAAGGUGCCAAUGGUAAGCGUGUUGGUGCUGAUGAUGUGAAAGGCAUUGAGUUGACUGGCUCACUUAUGGUCAAGGUGUCAGGGAUAAUGAUCAUGACACUAACAAGACUGAAGCUAGAAGGUUCACCUGAAGCACCCGUAGCAACAGCAUUUACGCUAGCAUUCUUAUCCCAGCUUCUUCAUCAGUGCAUAACUUCCAUAGAACAUGACACAACUAAAAACAGACUUACAAAUGGCAAGAAAAGUGAUGACCCUCUCACUGACAAGCAUGAAAAAUUAGAGAAAGUCAGAAAGAUCAAAAAGACAAUCAAGAUGAGACGAAGGCGACGCAAAAGAAGUGACCUCAGCAACAGUUUAGACAGUUGUAGCCUGAGUGAUAGUGAUACCCUUGAAGUAGACAGUGGAGAUGAAAGCGAUCUGAGUGAAGGUGGUUUUGAUGAUUUGGAUAGCGAGGAAAGUGAUGAUGUCUAUGUUGAAAGUGAAUCUGAUGAAGAAAGCAGUGCACACAUCAAUGCAACACAAAAGUCUGUCAAGAAAGAGUCUUCAUCCUGUAAUGGGAAUUCAYUGACUGAGGCAGGAAGAUUACUAACUCAACAGAUCAUGAAAGAUAAUCUUAGCAUGAAAAAUGGAGUUCUAUUUGGUAAAGUUACACAGUUGGAUGGAAGUGAUGUCAGUGAUGUAGAGACUGAAUGUUCUGUUGCAUCAUGGGGAAGAAUUGAGGAAUUUGAAGAACUUGCUGUGGUUAGAUGCUUACUAAACAAGAAACUGUUACCAGCAAUUAAAGUGAUGACCGACUGGCUUGCUGUCAAUCCUGACACCAUUUCUACAUGUGUGGAGAGCUCCUCAACAUUGUGGUCAAAGAUGGCAGCACUGUUGAACCUUUUACCAACACAAGAACAACUGAAAAGUACAGCUGUGGGAAAAAGUGCUCUUUGGAAAGAAGUUGUAUCCCAAGAAAUAGACGAGAAAUGGAGCCAAAACUAUGCUCUUCCUGAAGAUGUUUGCAUGUUUGGCUUUGAACCAAUGAUGAAAGUGUACAAUGCCAUGCAAUUGCAGUGGAUCAGGCCACCAAGAGAGGGUCGAUGUAUUGAGGCUAUUAUUAGAACCAUGAGUUUGAGAAGCUUUGGUAUUCAACUAGCAAAGAUGAAGGCCUUGAAUUUAUUCUUGUGGGAUGAGAGCAAGCAGACAUUCCUGGGACCAAAUCAGUGUUUAGAACAAGAGAAAARAGAGAGUGAACGCACCAAGCAAGAGGCCGCAAAUCGACGAUCUCAAGUGAUGAAAGCAAUGGCGCACCAGAGAAUGCAGUCUGAAGUAAGCAAGCUGGAAAAGUCUCUUAAGUCAGCACCUAAAGGAACAACAGCUUACCUAGUACCCGAUGCUCCAGCACUGUGYACUCUACUCCACCUUAUUCGUAGGCUAGUAACAAUGGAGAAGUUUUUGAUUAUCAUCCCUAUCCAAGUGAUUGAAGCUCUUGAUGAACUUAAGAAGUUCGAUACAGGCGCUCGAGAAUCAAUAAAAUACCUUGAAGGGGAAUUCAAAAAAGGCAACAGGUGGAUUCGAGCUCAAAAGGAAAAUGAGACUGCUGAGUCAACAAAGAGGCGUGGGCGAUAUGAUGACGUCGCUGUGUGGAGAUUCAACCAGGUGGUCAAUUGCUGUCGGUUUCUUGUCAACCAGACAGCCAAAGGUUUGGUUACGCUAUUGACGGGAGGGACCAAUGCUGAGAAACCUUCAAAAAAGGGCCGGAGAAACCAGGGUGCAGCCUCAGGGACGCAGGCAACCCCAGAGAUGGUGGAGUUUGCUCGCAAUUGUGGCAUUAACGUAGAAUCRCUGAGAUCGUUUUGUGCAAGAUAUACAAGCACUCGAUCGAUAACCUGAACAGUACUGCGGAGAUGGUGGAAUCAAGUCCACGUGUGUUAACACGACUUCCACAAACACUGUGGUACCCUGCCUCGAUCUGCUGAAACACCUGAAGAUACGUAUUCCCAUCACAACCACUAAGCCAAGAGCAUUAGCUAUUUGUUUACUAACAGAUUAAUGGCUAGACAUUACAUURUGAACUUUAGUCGAAUAGUAUGAUUACCAGGCAAAUCAGUGUCAUCAACUGUUUCCCGACAUUAAUUUAAGUUGUUGUAGGUUAUUCUGUAAGGUAUAAGUGCAAAUGUUUAUUACUCAGUUUUCAGGUACAAUAACAUAUUUUAAGUUAUUUGAUGAUUUAUAGCAUUAUUUCAGUGGUAUACAAUGGUUAAUGAAGCUUUUCAGAUGGCUGUGCAAGAUGUUCUUAUGCCAAACACCAAAUAGUUGUAAGUGAUGGGCUAAACUACUUGCACGUGUCUUAUACAGGAUCAUAUUUCUGGCAGUGCACAUUUGUCAUUAGUUCUUAGAGAACCUAAUAAAACCAUACCAACACAUACUGUUUUUGAAUGUAUUUCACAGUUUGCAUUGAUACAUCGACAAAAAACCGUUCAUUCUUUAGAAUCCUUGGAAGUUAUUGUCCCCAUUACUAUCGUAAAGUCAAUCAUCACAAACGCAAAUACUGCCAUGUCAUUCUAUCAGUUAUGCACUAGAAUUAUUUUAACAGAACAAUGAGAUUAUGUUGGCGCUCAAUUGUCUUCAGAGGAUUAGUUUGGUGUGUUUUUAAGAAGGGAUUUGAGCUAUCGAUUAUCGAGUGUUUAAAUGUACCAUAUCGCAGAAGGAGUCUUUAUUACGAAUACAGGAAUUCUAUCUAUAUUGUAUCAGAUAGGAAUCAUUAUGAGGUUCAUCUAAUAAUAGCAUUUCUAUCGUCACCUUAACAAAACUUUUUAACAUCAACUUAUAAAAGGUCUAAAGUUUAAUAAAACAAUGACUUUAA